AAAGCGAAUUCUACAUUACAGACAAACGGUCAUUAGGUAUACAGAAAUUAAACCAUUGGGAUAAGAAGGCAACUGUAGUUUGUUCUGCAUCUAUUUUUGUAGAAGGUUUACUCAAGAAAGCAAAAUGUUCACUCUUGGGCAAGAGCAUAUGUUGGAGGAAACCUCCAAACCUCAACCCAUCAUGUUUACUGCUGGUGCCGUGCCUGUUAAAAACAGAAAAGGUGAAAUAUCCAUGGAAAAAGUCCACGUGAAGAGAUACGUUGCAGGGAAACGACCAGAUUGGGCAGAUGAUGAAGAGGAGGAAGAUGAAGAGGAUGAAAAAUUUGGGAGAGCUGGGUCCGAUAGUGAAGGGGAGAAGGACGUCAUUUCUCGCAUCCGGAAUAAUCAAGAGGUGCAGGAAGUGGACAUGACGAAAGUGGAUGAUCGGAGGUUGCGCAGAUUGAUGCAGCACAAGGAGAAGGAAGAUGUGGAGGAAAGAUUGAGGCGGAGACGAAUCCACGAACCCGAGGUGAUCGCUGAAGCUUCCGAAUCUGAUGAACAAUCGGAAAAUGAGGAGGAUAAACCACCAACCACCAUGAUAGAGAUGGGACAAGAUGAAGAGAGCAGUGAUGAGGGAGAACUUGACGAAGAUGAAAUUGAAAACAGAAGAGCUCGUCUGAGGGAAAGAGCAAGAGCGCGACGUGAUGUAAAUGAAGAAUUACUCGCGAUGCCAACGGAGUCCAAAGAUCAGGAAGAUGAUGAAGACCAAGGAAAGAUUGAGGAAGAGGAGUUCACAACAGACGAAGAGUCCGAGUACUCUGAUUCAGAUGAAGAUGGUCCAAGAUUAAAACCAGUGUUUGUUAGAAAAAAAGAUCGACUAACGAUACAAGAAAGAGAGAAAGAAGAAGAAAGACAGAGGUUGUUGGAGGAAGAAGCAAAGAAGAUUGCAGAAGAAAGAAGACGAUAUACACUGAAGAUGGUGGAAAAAGAGGCGAGAGAGCAACAUGAGAUGGAACAGAUGGCUCUUGGGAAGUUGGAUGCUGCUCUUGAGGCGGUGGACUCAGAUGAUGGUAAUGAUGAGGCAGAGUAUGAACUCUGGAAGCUUAGGGAGCUGAAGAGAAUCAAAAGAGAUCGGGACGAACGUGAUUCAAUGCAAAAGGAGAAAGAAGAAAUUGAAAGAUUUCGCAACCUCACUGAGGAAGAACGAAGAGCAGAAUUACGGAAUAAUCCACGACAGAUUACCAACCAAACUGCUAAAGGCAAAUACAAGUUCUUGCAGAAGUAUUAUCACCGUGGUGCUUUCUUUAUGGACAAGCAAGAAGAUACGUACACAAAGGACUUCACGGCACCUACACUCGAAGAUCACUUUGAUAAAACUAUUCUGCCAAAAGUUAUGCAGGUUAAAAACUUUGGUCGCUCUGGGCGUACAAAGUACACGCAUUUGGUCGACCAGGACACCACGAUUUUUGACUCCCCGUGGACUCAGGAGUCUGCCGCAUCUUCUAAGUUUCAAAACACUAAGGCAGCUGGUAUGAAACAAGUAUUUGACCGACCAAGCGGCUCAAAAAAACGGAAGACGUAGUCUUGCAUUCUAUCAGGAACUAUGGAAAUAAAAAACGAUCGUAAGGCUUUCACAGUCGGCGCUGUCGCCCGAUUUUGGCUAGAAGCUGCGUAGGCACAUGCGUGUAAUUUGAUGAGUCGGCAAAACCACACGGUUACGAAAAUUUUUCGCCGUGUUCUUUUGCUAUACAUAUUUUACCGAACACAAAAAUACAAAUGGCGAACGCUGUCACCAUAA